AUGAGCAGACUACCUUUGUUCAGUACCUCGCAGCUCCAGCUGCACACGUCGAAGAACGACUGCUGGGUCUCUCUGUACAACAGAAAGAUCUAUAACGUCACACCAUUUUUGGAGGAACAUCCAGCCGGAGAGGAGUUGAUCCUUGAAUGGGCCGGAAAGGAUAUCACACAGAUAAUGAGUGACCCGGACUCUCACGAGCAUUCGGAAUCAGCCUUUGAGAUGUUAGACGAAGACAUGCUCGUUGGUUACCUGGCCACCGCAGAAGAGCAGGAAGAACUGUUAUCUAAUAAAGCUCACUUGGUUGAGGUCGUUCCUGAGACUAUUGAUCUUACCGAAUUUGGUGAGCUGCCCAGCGAAGAGUUGCUGAGUGUUCAAACCGACUAUCAGCACGAUCUGCAGAAGCACAGGUUCAUUGAUCUGCGUAGGCCCAUGGUGUUGCAGGUGCUACUUUCGGACUGGACGAAAGAAUUCUAUCUAGACCAGAUUCAUAGGCCCAGGCAUUACGGCAAGGGGUCUGCUCCCAUAUUUGGUGGGAUUCUGGAGCCUCUUUCUUUGACACCUUGGUGGGUUGUUCCUGUGGUUUGGUUGCCGGUGGAUUUCUAUGUGUUCUAUCUUGGUUGGGUGAACCAGAGUUACGCGGCUUCGCUUACGUUCUUUGCCAUUGGUCUCUUUGUGUGGACUCUGAUUGAAUAUGUGUUGCACAGAUUUGUGUUCCAUCUGGACAAGUAUCUUCCUGAUCAUCCAGCCGCGUUUGCGCUCCAUUUCUUGCUGCAUGGAGUCCACCACUACUUGCCUAUGGACAGAAUGCGUCUGGUGAUGCCUCCCACUCUGCUUGUGGUGCUUGCAUAUCCUUUUUACAAGUUGGUCUUCUCGUUGUUACCAUACUACUAUGCAUGUUCAGGAUUCGCUGGAGGGUUUUUGGGUUACAUCAUGUACGAUACUACGCACUUCAUGCUGCACCAUGCUAAGCUACCCAAGUACAUGCAGGACCUUAAGACGUACCAUCUGGAGCAUCAUUACAAGAACUACGAGCUUGGUUUCGGUGUUACCUCCAAGUUUUGGGAUAUCAUCUUUGGAACCGUCUUGAAUUCCGACAAUGUAUACGAGAAGAAGAACUGA